CAUGGCAAAUACCAUCACAAAACAAUACACCCGUCUCCUUGCCCUCUGGCCCAAGGACGCUUUGCGCCCCAAUCUUCCCUUCACACGGGCAAUCGAACAUCAUGGCAAACCAUUCGGCCUGCAACCCAUAACGCCCGCUCCUGAAGAAGGCGCAAAGCCUCAGUCCCCUGCAUCUACAACACCAGCUGCAUCGUCACCGCCUGCGAACCCCAAGCUCGAGCAAGCCCAAGUGAACGCACUAUUUUCCUUGCUGGAGAACCGAUACAGUACCACAUAUGCACUGUCGCCAGGUGUACUAAAGCCCACAUCUGCACCAGAGCACUACACAAGGUUAAUGGACGAGAUUGAGCGGGCGCCUAAAAAGACGUGGUGGGAGGCCAAGCUGGAUCAAUGGAAGAUGAAGAUUCGAUGGUCAUGAGGAACCAAAUUAUGACUCUGUAUCAUAUCAUGAUGUAAAAUUAAGAGAAAAAAUCAGAGAGACCCUAAUAUGUCCUCACUCGUUCACUUCAAUUCAUUACGACAUCCCUGGUUUCAGAGGGGUUACUUAAGAAAAGAACGAACACAGAAGAAGGUUCGCAGAACCUUGUUAUUAGGUUUUUGUGCAGAUACAUGCAACGAGAUUCAUCGACAAGCACGUCUCAUGUGAGACGUUGCGUCCGGGACUCGAUAAUUACUACGCCCAACAACUGC